GCUAAAUCUGGGAUCUGGCUGCUGUGCGUCCUGGCCCUGCCACUCGACCUCCGACGCCUGGUGAGGUGGCCCCUUCCCUUCCUAACCUGCAGGGACAGGCCUCCAUGUCCCACCGGAAGUUCUCUGCCCCUCGGCAUGGACAGCUGGGCUUCCUGCCACACAAGAGGAGCCGCCGGCACCGGGGCAAGGUGAAGACGUGGCCUCGGGACGACCCCAGCCGGCCCGUGCACCUCACGGCCUUCCUGGGCUACAAGGCUGGCAUGACACACACUCUGCGGGAGGUGCACCGGCCAGGGCUCAAAAUUUCCAAGAGGGAGGAGGUGGAGGCGGUGACGAUUGUGGAGACGCCGCCUCUGGUGGUGGUGGGCGUGGUGGGCUACGUGGCCACCCCGCGAGGCCUGCGGAGCUUCAAGACCAUCUUUGCGGAACAUCUCAGCGACGAGUGCCGCCGCCGCUUCUACAAGGACUGGCACAAGAGCAAGAAAAAAGCCUUCACCAAGGCCUGCAGGAGGUGGCGCGACGCCGACGGCAAGAAGCAGCUGCAGAGGGACUUUGCUGCCAUGAAAAAGUACUGCAAGGUCAUCCGGGUCAUCGUCCACACCCAGAUGAAGCUGCUGCCCUUCCGGCAGAAGAAGGCCCACAUCAUGGAGAUCCAGCUGAAUGGCGGCACGGUGGCUGAGAAGGUGGCCUGGGCCCAGGCCCGGCUGGAGAAGCAGGUGCCAGUGCACAGCGUGUUCAGCCAGAGUGAGGUCAUUGAUGUCAUUGCCGUCACCAAGGGCAGGGGCGUCAAAGGGGUCACGAGCCGCUGGCAUACCAAGAAGCUGCCGAGGAAGACCCAUAAGGGGCUGCGCAAGGUGGCCUGCAUUGGUGCCUGGCACCCUGCCCGCGUGGGCUGCUCCAUCGCCCGGGCUGGGCAGAAGGGCUACCAUCACCGCACAGAGCUCAACAAGAAGAUCUACCGCAUCGGCCGGGGGCUGCACACAGAGGACGGGAAGGUGGUUAAGAACAACGCAUCCACCAGCUACGAUGUGACCGACAAAUCCAUCACACCACUGGGUGGCUUCCCCCACUACGGGGAAGUCAACAAUGACUUCGUCAUGCUGAAAGGUUGCAUCGCGGGCACCAAGAAGAGGAUCAUCACGCUGAGGAAGCUCCCCUCUCCCACGGGCUGCAGUCCCUCCUGGUGCACCACAGCCGCAGGGCCCUGGAGAACAUCGAGCUCAAGUUCAUUGACACCACCUCCAAGUUUGGCCAUGGCCGCUUCCAGACAGCCCAAGAGAAGAGGGUCUUCAUGGGUCCCCAGAAGAAGCAUCUUGAGAAGGAAAAGCCGGAAACCUCGGGAGACUUGUAGGCAGGAUGGGAUGGAGGGAGCCAGAAAGAAGCGCGGCACAACCCUCCCCUGUCCCCUUGUCUAAUAAAAGCCAGAGGCAACUCUU